UCGCGCUCUGUCUACAUCUUCUGCCGUUUCAGUGCAUCCCCUCGUUCUUUCUCCCCCUUCUGUCACCUCUCGUCUCCGCGCUCAUCCUCCCCUACCCAUCUCCCUUUAAUUGCUCGCAUCCUCUUUCCCAUCUCUCCGUUUCUCAUUUUUGUAUCUCCCAAUCUCAUCACCCGCAUCCCUCUCCUCGUCCUUUCCUCGUUUGCCGGAUCCCGAAAGCAGACCUCUCUCGUUCUCGCUCCCCUACUCUCUCUCCUUCCCUCCCCUCCCUCUUUACGUCCCCCCUCCCUCCAUACUCGUUUUCUUCAAUGCUUAAGUCAGUCAAAGGAGAUACAGAGAAGAAAAGAGAGGCGAACGGCGGGCUCUGAGAGAGAGAAAGAGAGAAGGAGAGAAGGAGAAAAGCUGGAGGGAGAGAGGGGAGAGGGGGGAACGGGGGUUUGGAUACAUCUCCACCUGACUUCUCUCUGCCAUGGACUGCCUCUGCAUAGUGACCACAAAGAAAUAUAGGUAUCAAGAUGAAGAGACUCCGCCCUUGGAGCAUAGCCCCGCCCACCUGGCUCACAGUAAAAGCGCCGAGAUGCUUCACAUGAGCGAUAAGAACCUGGCCGCCAUGGACACCAUGCACAGUUACGCGCCCCACACACACAUCUCGCCUAUAAAGCCAGUGUUGCUGUCAUCUGGUCAAACCCCUCUGUACACCUCUGCUGUCUCCACACUGGGAAACUCUCCACCCGUAGUGGUGAACACAGACACACUGGAUGGCUCACCUUAUGUAAAUGGAGCAGAAGGGGAGAUUGAAUAUGAAGAGAUUACGUUGGAAAGGGGGAAUUCUGGUCUGGGCUUCAGUAUUGCUGGAGGGAUUGAUAACCCUCAUGUAGGCGACGACCCCAGCAUCUUCAUCACCAAGAUCAUUCCAGGAGGGGCCGCCGCACAGGACGGCAGACUCAGAGUGAAUGACAGCAUUCUGUUUGUGAAUGAUGUUGAUGUUCGGGAGGUGACACACAGUCAGGCCGUGGAGGCUCUCAAGGAAGCGGGGGCCAUCGUCCGACUCUACGUCCUGCGCCGUAAACCCAUCGCGGAGAAAAUCACCGAAAUGAAACUCAUCAAAGGGCCAAAAGGUCUGGGUUUUAGUAUAGCGGGUGGUGUAGGUAACCAGCACAUCCCCGGAGACAACAGCAUUUAUGUCACAAAGAUCAUCGAGGGAGGGGCAGCGCAUAAAGACGGACGACUACAGAUCGGAGAUAAAAUACUUGCGGUGAAUAAUGUGUGUUUGGAGGACGUGAUGCAUGAAGAUGCCGUGGGGGCGCUGAAGAACACGGCAGAGGUGGUCUACCUCAGAGUGGCUAAGCCAAACAACCUGUAUCUCACCAACAACUAUAACCCACCAGACCUCACAAGCACGUAUUCUCCGCACUUGGACUCAGACCUUGGACAUCCAAACUACCUGGGCUCGGAUUACCCACAAGCCCUCACUCCCACCUCACCAAGCCGCUUCUCUCCUGUCCUGCACAGCAUCAUGGGAGAUGAUGACUUACCCAGGGAUCCGAGGCGCGUUGUGAUCCACAGAGGAUCGACGGGUUUGGGCUUUAAUAUAGUCGGAGGAGAGGAUGGUGAGGGAAUCUUCAUCUCUUUCAUCCUGGCAGGGGGUCCUGCAGAUCUGAGCGGUGAACUCCGCAAGGGAGAUCAGAUCCUGAGCGUGAAUGGUGUGGAUCUGCGAGCAGCUACACACGAACAAGCGGCGGCUGCGUUAAAGAACGCAGGACAAACUGUGACCAUCAUCGCCCAGUACAGACCGGAAGAGUACAGUCGAUUUGAAGCAAAGAUUCAUGACCUCAGAGAGCAGUUGAUGAACAGCAGUAUGGGCUCAGGAACCACAACAUUACGCAGUAACCCCAAAAGAGGACUUUACAUCAGGGCUCUGUUCGACUAUGAUAAGACAGCAGACUGCGGGUUUUUGAGUCAGGCCGUGGGCUUUAAGUUUGGAGAUGUGCUUCAUGUUCUGGAUUGUGGUGAUGAGGAGUGGUGGCAGGCCUGCAGAUUCGGCCCACAGGGGGAGGAGGAGGAGGUCGGCUUCAUCCCCAGCAAGAGGAGAGUCGAGAGGAAAGAGUGGUCACGUUUGAAGUCAAAAGAAAGGGACCGAACUCGAGACAGUACACUAUCACAGGGACGAGAAGAGCCAGUACGGAGUUACGAGACAGUCGCACAAGUUGAAGUGCACUACGCGAGGCCGAUCAUUAUUCUGGGCCCCGUGAAGGACCGAGUGAACGACGACCUGCUGUCUGAAUUCCCAGACAAGUUUGGAUCUUGUGUCCCUCAUACGACGAGACCGAAGCGCGAGUAUGAGGUGGAUGGGCGCGACUACCACUUUGUGUCGUCUCGAGAACAGAUGGAGAAAGACAUUCAGAACCAUCGCUUCAUCGAGGCGGGCCAGUACAACAGUCACCUGUACGGUACCAGCGUUCAGAGCGUGCGAGAGGUGGCCGAACAGCAGGGGAAACACUGCAUUCUGGAUGUGUCCGCCAACGCUGUUCGUAGGCUACAGGCGGCACAGCUUCAUCCAAUCGCCAUCUUCGUUCGGCCUAAAUCACUGGAGAACGUCCUAGAGAUCAACACCCGUCUGACUGAAGAACAGGCCAGGAAAGGAAUGGACCGCGCUAUUAAACUGGAGCAAGAUUUCCUCGAGUGCUUUUCUGCCAUCGUGGAGGGCGACAGUUUCGAGGAGGUUUAUCACAAGGUUAAAACUGUGAUCGAGGAGCAGUCAGGGCCUUAUAUCUGGAUUCCCACCAGGGAGCGUCUGUGAGCACCUCACUCAGUCACCGUUUGGCCUACCCGUCCUGAACUUCUGAGCUGCGUCUCGUCGAGCUCACGAGAAACAGACAGAGAGCGCGAAAGAGAAGAUGACGUCACGGAGGCACCCGGAAACGGCGGCGCGACACAGGAGCGGAGCGACACAGGAGCCGUCCGCACCGCACCCGCCUCAUUUCCUCUUCUGGCUUUCUGACUUCCUGUUUCCGCUUGAAACUUCCUUCUUCUGUCUUUCUCUUUCUCUGUUUCUCUCUGAAUAACGUCCUCCUCCACAGGACUGGUGAGCUGUUUUUACCCUCACGAACAGGGACAUUUUGUAUAUUGUCGGAUUCCCUCUCCGGCUGCAAACAGUGAGACGGGCGACCGCCUUGGCUUAUACCGGAACGAGACGUCCGAGAGCUCUUCGCCAGCUCGUUUCACACACCUAACGCUGAAUGGAACUGAAUUAUUAUCAAAGUAUAUUUAUCGGUAUCAAUAAUGCUCUGAAAACCUUCAAUAUCAAAGAUGUUGUGACUCCUCAGAGACCGGCUUUCACUCGGUCGCGCACACAGAUAUCCGCUACAAGGGCAUUUGAUUCCUUUCAGACAUUUUUUAGCGCUUGGUUUGUGCUUCCUGACAUCCAGGAGGUGCCGGGACGAUUGCCUCAGUCCUUCGAAUGUUCCCCUCACAUAGUUUGCAGCUCAUCGCAGUGAACGGAUAUUAAAGAGAGACCACGCAGAGUGUGAUUUGUAUCCUGCACGACACGCGCUUGAUAUUCUGGGUUAGGUUUUGUGGUUUGUUUCUCGGGUUCAUAUGUAAACGAUGCACAUUUAGACACAUUCAAACACACAAACACAUCUUCUCGCGGUGGCCAGAUUGACGAUUUCCUUCCACAUGAAAUUCAUUCAGAUUUCCGAGCGACUCCGGGGUGCUCUUUAAUGUGCAAUAUCGUUAGCGUUUGUUCUUCCAUAACCUCUCACGAUGGGAAGCGUUUUAAUUUGAGCUUGAAUCAAUCACGUCAGAUUUAUGUCGACGAUGGCUGUGUUCACAUUGCCAAACUGCCCAAUUGCUACUCGAAUCAGAUUUUUUUGGUGAGGUUGUUUAUGACUUUUUCAUCCGAGUUUUUUUGUUUAGAUGUUUAUUCGUAUAAAUAUAACUGGAGAUAUUACAAACCACUGGUCGGUUCUGAUGUUCACACAGUGAAUCCAAUAAGAAGGAAAAAUCACAUACUGUAUGAGAUCUCUUUAAUAUCGCGAUUAUUUCUAAUAGACAUCAAUGAGAUUAAAUGGAGAGCAAAUGGAAACUUUUGCUUAAGUUUCAUGUGCGUCUCAGAUAUUUCUCUUGAGAAAAAUAGUCCGAAAUCUCACAAAUGUCUCAUUGGGGUUCGAGAAGACAUGUCGACAAUGAGCUCAGAUUUGUCAAGCCUGCGAUCAAAAGUCAACAUUAUUGAAGAUCAUUUCUCAUCAAAUUUACCCAAGUCCAGAUGAUUUGACCUCUAAAAUCCACGUUCGUUUCACUCCUCAUGGAUUUCUCUCAUUUCUCAUUUUCUGUUUGCAUCCAAGCAAUCUUAAGAGAAACGUCUGAGACUUCAAUGAAACGCAACUCAGAACUCCGUCCGAUCUCGUGAGCUAUAAAAGAGCAACAUCUGAGCAAUAACAAAUUCUCCUCUUGGAUGUUUUCUUUUCGCAGUUUGCCCCUGUUGCUAGAUGUCGUAAAAACAUCAUGAUGGGGCAGAAAUGCAUGUGUCGUGUCCAAAUAAACCUGUAUGCAUGCAUUUGAAUCAUAUAAAUUGCAUUUCAGUACAUUAUAAACAAUUCUUUCAUAGUGCCUGAUUUUUGAAGGGCUCUCAAAGGGUGACACGCGUUUGUUUUCCUUUCCGCUGCCUUCGAAGGGCAGGUAGAUAUCAGUGGUCAGUCACAUGGCUCAAGUGAUUGGCUCUUCUGUACCUCAAAGAUGGACGCCGUUUGCUCCGUCGUACAGAAAAAAUCUGAUUUGGGUCACAUUCGGUUGCCGUGUGAACAUAGCCAGGGCCGUGCACAGACAUUCUGAUGGGCAGUGGCCGAAACAACAAAAAAGGCGCUAAGGGUUGGGACAGGAGAAGACGGCACACGCUCUUAGAAAUGUCUUUCUACCUAUCACACUCAGUAAAUAUGUAAAUCUGUAUUUUAUGCUGUCCUAUGUUAAGGCACAACUCUUUUAAAACAUUUGUUGAAAUUUCAAACAAUUUUUGACAUUAUUUGCAGUGCAAAAGUGUCUUGAAUGAAUGCUUGCCCGGAGGUGGGGUGGGCUUUAGAGGGGGCAGUGGCUCUAGCCACCGGGCCACCCCCCUGUGAACGGCCCUGAACAUAGCCUUAAUGCCCAUUAAAACACACAGGUACACGAGUCCUAUCUGGAAAAUGUACGAUGGGUUUUAUACUAGAGUAUAUAUGAGAUUGACUAUUGGAAUCAAUCCAGUGCGGCUGUGUGGAUGUAUCGGUGCACGUUAGUGACAUCAUGACACCAGGUGAUUGACAGGUCGGUUAUCCAGACGGCUGUUUUUUUAUUGGAAUAUGAUUGUGGGUUCGAUCGGCUAGAGAAGAAUCAGCUUAGCCAUUCGCCUCCAACUAUCUUUACCCGUUUCUGAGCUAAUUUUACCCAGAGUUCUGUGAGGGCGAGCUCACUUUCGCCCUGGAUGACAUGAGAAUGACAGAAUGAUAAAUUGGCUUUUUUGCCCUUUUGUGUGGUGACAUGUGACGCAGUAGAAAUCGAUCCAGCGCUCGCGAGGACGGAAGUGACCUACAGCUGACGCCUUCAGUGUGAUUUCAUGUAAAUCAAUGCCAUGAACUGUGAUGGUUUUACCACGGUGAUUUAUUGACCGAGACGUAUAAAAACAGGCACAAUAUUUGUGUGUGCGCGUGUCAGGAUAAAAAGAUAAAAGGAAAAACAUUUGCACUUAUUAACGGAGAGAUUUCAUGAGAAUUGAUGAACAUGAAAACAGGACUAGAGAGAUCUGGUGACCUUUUUUUUACUUUCACUAUUUCUGUUUUGGAUUUUUGCGUUUGACUUUCGAUAUUAAGUGUAAUUGGAGUGCAGUGACAGUUUUUUUAUUUAUGGAUUUUAUAUCGUUUGUUUAUUCAGUUGUUUACGGCUUUGUUUACAUCAGGGUUUUGUGCGAAGACUUUUGCUGUGGUUUCCAAAGUGGGCCUGCACACAAUCAAAUGCGAUCGACUGAAAAUUAAAAAUGACUGUGAAAUAAUUUUUAAAAAAGGUGAAACCUGCACGCAGUUCACACACUGAUAUUUUAAACAUAACCCAUAAAUUUCCAAAGUCAUAGUAUUAUUGGCUACAUGAAACAAGACAAAUAAGAACAUAUUAUCUUGCAUUCUGUACGAGCUCCACGCACGCACGCACGCACGCACGCACACACACACACACACACACAAUGUAUUACCAAGAAAAAUAUAUGACUUCACUUACUAGAAUGAAUUAUAAGUUGAUGCUUAUUUAUUUAUUUAUUUAUUUGAAAGGAUCAAAUGUAUUUUAUCAAUUUGUAUUUGCCAUAACAUAUUAUUCUAACUAUCCUGAACAGAUUGAAAAUAUUGCUUUUAUUUUAAAAAAGAUUAACUAUGAAAAUACAACAACGCCAUCUAAUGCAAAAGUAUAUUUAAAUGAUUUAUCUUAAAAGAGAGAUUUACCAAUGACAGUAUAAAAAUGUUGAAUUUCAGUGAGAUGCUUGUUGUAAAUUAGCUACAAAAAUAAUAAACUACUUAUGUUAAAGAGUGUUCUGUAG